AUGGCAGAUACCUUAGGGGAUCCAAAGAACCAACCCAGGGCUGGUGAACAGUUGUCCGCACCAUCUCCCCGCACCAUCUCCCCGCACCGUCUCCAGCACCAUCCCCUGGAUUCCAGUAUCCAGGACCCAACCAAGAUAGACAUCAACAGCCAGACACUACGGAUUGAAUCUCUGUCUUCGAAAUCGAAGGGGAUUGCGGAUAGUACUCGCUCUGGCCAUGGCUCCCUGAAGGCCUUUUCUGAGCCAGGAGACGAUCUGAAGCCAUUGUAUCAUUCUCCUUUCGCUCGCGAUAGACUUGAGUGCACAGAAUCCCAAUGGGACGGAGGAUUGUCCAUUGAAUAUCCAGGUCUGGUCGGCGAAGGGCCUGCCAAACACUUAAGCUUAGCUACCAUGGAAGUUGCUGCCACAAAGAAAAUGCAGUGUGUUCUACUCUUGACUAUCCUGUAUAUCUGGAGGAUCUCAGUAACCAUGGGUAUUCACUCUCAUCUUAAUUUCUGCAGCACAGACGCUCUACUACUAGUAGACAACCGAAUUGAAUACAAUAGUAACCCUUUUAUUCUCCGAGACCCCUCCUUCCUUUCUUUUCACACCCCUAUAUCAUCUUCAGUCACUACUUCUCCUCCCGUCCAGCCAGAAGAACCCAUAUUUCUCCCAUCGGAUACUCAGUUGACAUCAAGCACAGAUGCUCCAACUGCAGUAUCUCAAACACCAGUCCCAUCAUCCAUCAUUCUUUCAAACCUGAUCCCGACAGUUGUCCUCCUCAUAUACGCUUUUUAUAUCAUCUAUCGCAUCAGGAAAUAUAAAAGAAUCAACAAGUUUUUCCGCAACUUGAUCACCUUCCCACAGGGUAGGCGCAGAGCUUGGAGGCGAACACGAAGGGGGAAGAGUUAUGGCCCCGUCAAUGCCAAUUUGAAUGUUGGCCGUGGUGACGAUGAUCAUGGUGAUGGCGAGGAUGAUGACUAUCAAGAGAUUGAAGAGAUUGAACUAGAGGGCCAAAUGCAGCGCAUGAGAGGAAAAUCGAAACGACGACCCCAGCAUGAGAAUCAAAAACAAGGAUAUCAGCUUAUCGAUUUCCCAAGCCCAGACUCAGACUCAGACUCAGACUUCCCCUCAAUCUCAGCCUCUGAUGCAGUAUUACUGGACACCCCCUCGAAUGACGGAGAUGACGGAUACAGUUGCAUUCAUACCCAUAAUAGUCACAAGGUAUGUGGAUAUCCUCGAAAUGCCGCAUCCAAGCAGGAACAGCUUGUAGAACUCGACAUGUCCAAAUAUUUUGAUCCCACGACGUCAAGACUGCGAGACAAUGUCCUCUUGGCUCCCAAGAUGAAGAUUGGGAGUAACGGAGAGGGUAGGGACGACGAGGGAGAAAUAGGAGAUAUGGCCGCAUGGGUUCAUAGGAUUGUUGACUAUGUGGUUACAAAGCUUCUCAAUUGGUUGGAUGAUUGA